AUGGCGUUUAAGAACCACCGUGUCUAUAUCCUCACCUCGGUGGCCUAUCUGGGCUCCUUGCUCUUCGGCUAUGAUACCGGUGUCAUGGGCAGUGUUCUCGCCCUCAAGAGCUUCAAACAUGACUUUGGUCUCCCUACAGACUCUAGCGGUUUUGCGUCCAGCAAAAACGCCAAAGUCUCUUCUAACGUCGUCUCUCUGUUGACGGCUGGCUGCUUUUUCGGCUCUAUCUUUGCGGCUUUCCUCAAUGAGCGUAUCGGCCGACGAUACGGACUGAUGGUGUUUUGUAGCAUUUUCAUGAUUGGCGCUGCUGUGCAAGUCGGUGCUCAUCACAAUAUUGGCCAGAUUUAUGGUGGUCGUGUCAUCGCUGGUUUCGGUAUCGGCGGUAUGUCCGCCAUCACACCCGUCUUCGUCAGCGAGAACUGCCCUCCGCGCAUUCGAGGUAGAGUAGCAGGCCUUUUUCAAGAAUUCUUGGUGAUAGGUUCGACGUUUGCUUACUGGCUCGAUUACGGCGUGAGCUUGCGUAUUGCUCAAAGCACGAAACAGUGGCGUGUCCCUGUGGCCAUCCAACUCAUCCCCGGAGGUCUAAUGUUCGUCGGACUUUUCUUCCUCAAGGAGUCCCCCCGUUGGCUCAUGCGACAAGGCCGUCAUGAAGAAGCUCAUGCAUCACUGGCCUACAUUCGCAACGAGUCUCCAGACAGUGAGGAAGUCUUAAAAGAGUUCUCCGAGAUUCGUGCUUCGCUCGAAGAAGAGUUGGCUGCCACCGAGGGCGUGACAUGGAAAGAAGCCAUCAGCAAGAGCAACAGAUACCGCUUCUUUCUUGCCUUUUGUCUCAUGUUCUGGCAGCAAUUCUCCGGUACCAACAGUAUCGGAUACUAUGCGCCUGAAAUCUUCCAGACUGUCGGUGUUAGUUCGACCAACACGUCGUUGUUUGCUACCGGCGUCUACGGUUCCGUCAAGGUUGUCAUGACUCUGAUCUUCUUGUUGGUUGGUAUUGAUUUCAUCGGACGAAAGAAGGCACUCAUUGGUGGUGGUAUCUGGAUGUCUGCUAUGAUGAUCAUCAUUGGUGCUGUGCUGGCUACCAAUCCGCCAAACACCAAGUCGGACGUGGUCUCGCCCGCAUCGAUUGCGAUGAUUGUUCUGAUUUAUCUUUAUGUUAUUGGAUAUUCUGCCUCUUGGGGUCCUACUCCAUGGGUCUAUGUCAGCGAGAUCUUCCCAACCCGUCUCCGCGCAUACGGCGUCGGACUCGCCGCCGCAACGCAGUGGCUUUUCAACUUCGUCAUCACCGAAAUCACCCCCAACGCCGUCAAUCACAUCGGUUGGCGCACAUUCCUCAUGUUCGGAAUCUUCUGCGGCGCCAUGAGCAUCUUCGUGACUUUUUUCGUCAAGGAAACAAAGGGACGAAGUUUGGAGGAUAUGGAUAUCUUGUUCGGAAGUGUGGAUGAGGCGCAGAGAGCGGCGGAUGUGGAACAGGUGCUGAACAAGGCGCAUAUCGCGCGGGCGGAGCAUAGUGAGCAUGUGGAGAUGACGAAGAGGGAUCAAGAGGAGAGUGAGAAUAAGGAGGCUGCUGCUCAUUAG